GUGGACGGAGUGAGCUAUAGGAUGUGAUCGAGGCAAGGCACUUACCAGAAAUGAGUCAAUUCAAUUUUAUAUCCUAUUCCUAUCAUACAGCAUUACCUUUAAGACACAGUCACUUGACAUUAUACAAUCUUUGAGUUCUUUCCUCAAGCCACUGCAGGGUAUAUGUUUCUUCUCAUUUUGAGCAGCAUCCAUUUUCAAAAGAAAAUAGUAAAUAUUUCACGUUCAUGCUUUUCGCUCAACGAAUCACGAAUAUCGGAGCACGCAAAUAAAAACGCUGUUGUAAUUUCACAUUUUAACAAGAUCGCUGACCAAUCGGAAAGUGUCGUGAUAGUUCGGGCAUCUUAUACCUCCCAAAAAGCAAAAUAAUGAAAAUAUUUAUUUUUGUUUAUGUUUUAUAAAAUACAAUUCUAUUUUUUAGCUGGAGUUAUGUGGAGAGAAAUUUUAACGUAUAACUCAUCAGUACUGGUUUUGAACGUAGAAAUUAACGAUCACGUAGUGGUUCAUUUGUCUGACUUCAUUUUUGAACCAGAAUCAAAGAGUUUUGUCGUGAUUACACAGAAGAAACAGACUAUUCAAUCUCUAAAAACUCAUAAUGGAACAAACAGAAUUUCCUGUCUUGGAUGUAAAGUUAUUUUGGAUCACAAUUGUGGUAUUUUUUUACCAUAUUUUCUUGUACAAGAUAGCAAACAAUGCUAUUUAUUCUGUCUUGAUGCAAACAAUCAAUGGUUAAUGAGGUAUAAUUUUACAAUACCUAAAGUGUUGGAAAAACACAUAGAACUUUGUGAUACAAGUUAUUCCAUUGAAAAUGGGCCCACAUUAAUCUGGACAGUGAGAGAUGAAAUAUUUAUUUAUAAAGCAGAGUAUUCAUUAGGUUUGAAAAGACAUGUGGAUGAUAUUUUAAGAGUACCAAUUGAUUUAAAUUGUGAGAAGGGAUUAGAAGUUGCCAGUAAUAUAUUAUGGUGGAAAAGUGGUGAUUCUGAGCAAGGAAUGAUUGUUGUCAAGGAUAGUAAAGGAACAAUUGUUAAUUCAUACCUUAUUACAAUUGAUAACAAGAAAAGGAAAGCAAAUAUUGUGUUAAAUAGACAAAUCAUACCAUUUCCAUAUCUGGUCAUUACAUUGUGCACGUUAGUUCACCCUGAACAAUGUGAACAUUUAUCUGCGAAUGAAAGUGACUUAAAUGACAAUUCCUACAGGGUGUUUAUUUCUACCACACAAAGUCAACUGUUGGAAUUUUCUCAUGGACGUUAUGUCAAACAUAUUAAUAUUCCAUUUUCAUCUUGUCAAAAUAUACAAAUAUUUGAGGUAAGUUAGAGAGUGGCAAUACAUAUUUUAUAUUUUGUUUAUUUUCAAAACAAUUGAGGUCAUAUGUUUCUUUGUGAGUUAGAUGAAACAUGUAAAAGUGAAGUUCUUAUGCAUGUCUUAAUUGCUACAUAAUAUGCCAAUAUCUGCUCUUGAAACAAAAAAAUACAAAGUACAGUAGUUCCAGAAUGUCAAACUCUUAAAGCAGUCCAGUUUGGGGGUGUCAUGAUCAAGCUGCUGGUACAUAUCAUGGUAGAAAUCCCACAUGCACUGGGUUGUGUAUACCUGUAUAAUAAUUACAUAUAGGUGAUAGGAUGAUUUCAAGUGUAAUUUGGAUAAAAGAUGCACAAUAGUAAUAAGUGAGUUUUUAUUUUUAAUUAUUUUUUUAUUUUUAUUUAUAUAUUUUUAUUUUUUAUUUUUUUAGCAUGACUGAGUUUUUCAAAGAGCAUCAAAAUAGCAUGAGUCUGAAGGAUGAGUGCUAUUUGAGAUCUUUGAAAAACUCAUGAGUGCUUGUCUUAAACGAAUUUCAUGAGAAACCAUCUUUCACAUAUUAUAUUAAUAACAUACAUAAAAAUGUUCCAGACAAUUGUCGUUAAAUUAACUUACAUUGAUACAGUGAACCAUCCAUUGACAAACUUUUACUUUAUGUAGUGCAGUGCCAUGUUUGUUUUGUUUUGAAGCAAUCUGUGACCAUUACUUGAGGACUGCUUUAAGCUGAUCUGUUGAUUUUAUCUUUGCAUUGUUUUCCCACCAAUCAGAUCAGUUUGUUACAGAUUUUUGCACUGUUGUUACAGAUUUCUGCAGUGUUGUUACAGAAUUUUGCACCAGUUGCUGUUUGAGAUUAGCUGCAUUGAAAUCAUCCAAUUACAUCCGAGUAAUAUUUUUAUGUACAUUAUUAGCAGUGUUAAUGAGUAAUAAUUAGAUGAAAUGUCAAGAGCACCAUUUGAGGGAUUGGAUAUAAGAUAGAAAGAGGGAUAGUGAAGAUGGUUGUGAUAGUAGAAGUUGUUGUGUUUAUAUAUAUUGUAAAGUGAAGUUCUAAGCGGUAUAAAUUUAAAGUGACAUGAUAGCAAGGGUAACAGUUGACUUGAAACACACCUGUCCAGCAGCCUUCCACAACAGAAGUUACUUUUGAUGAUAUAUUUUGUCCAUUGAACCUGGGGUUAGUAUGAUCAUUGCUUCAUUUUUCUACUGCAUAGACUGCAUAAUGUGAAUGUUUUCCUGCAAUGUAGAAGAUGCUUGAUGUGUCUCCUGCACAUGGUCCAUGUUCAGUGGCAUAACUUUGUGCUAAAAGGCCAUCGGCUUUAACUGGACUAGGACCCCUGGUUCUGUGCUACAUUUCUGAAUUAAUACAGUACAUCAACUUCGCAACUUUGUCAUCCUUGUUCAGGGUCCUGGCUUGAGCCAGGAGGUGCCCAAAGGAGUUCAACCACUGUCCAGGUUUCACAAUCCUUUAGAAGACUGGUGAAGGAGACUAACUUGUAAAGCUUCAUUUUGGUGAACUGCUGAGUUAUUCCAAAGACGGACCUGCUGCUCUCAUUCUUACACAGAUAAACAAUUUUACCACCCUAAUGUCUUGGAGCAUUGUCUCUUCCUUUGAGAUGGUGCUGAUGAUGAUGCUAGGAAAUGUUUCAAGUGCACACCAUCUUGUAUACUGCAAAGCGCGUUUUGGACCUGGCCGUGAUGGUGCCCGAAGUUGUCUCUUUAGGAUGAGAUAAUACGCAUUCUGCCAUGCAAUGAAUACUUCUUGCUUUUCUUCUAGGUGCUUGACAAAGCUGUGUUACUCAGGCAAUCCUGUUUGUUGGACUUUCUUUUUUGGUGCCAAUGUUGUCUCGGCUGUCUCCACCCACAGUCAACCAAACUAGUCCCACAGUUGGAUUGCACUUGGUAUGCGGGAGGUCAGCUUGUUAAACAACUAGUUUUGAUCAGAAAUUGUUGUAAUGGUCUAGGUGUUGAAUGAAGGCCUGGUAUUUGGGGGUGAUGUAGUUUGACGAUUUACCUAGCUGAUCGAUCCAGCGCUCGGCUCCAGACACUGUGGGAUUCACGUAAUUAAAAAACACAUGUAGACGAAAGCUUCGGAAGUCGUUGUGAACUUCGCUACAUCUCCCCAGUUCUUUCGUCAAUGCUUUUAAGCAAAAUUUUGCGACCACAAGCUACAGUAUCUUCACCACUAGUCAAAGAAUUGUUGCUAAGUGGACUAGUGGCAGCUACAGUAUCUUCACCAGGAUGCCCAGUAGUUUUGAAUGAACAACAGUCAUACAAAACGUAAUUAUUGAAUUUGUGUAACAACAGUCGUACGAAGUGUAGAAAAUUUCGCACAUGAAAGGUAGAAGAAAUUAUGCAAUGUUUAUAUUAAAAGUAUUCAAAGAUGCUAUCAACCGUCCAUAUUUAUAAAUCUGCACUACGUGCUACGGUUUGGACCUCCGGUAUGCAUCCAACCUGAUUUGUGCUUGUCUGAAUCACAUGCGCCUGAAUAGAGUAUACAGUACAGUACGUAUACAGUACAGUGUUGGUCAAAUCAUUCUGUGUGGAAAGGCUCAAGAGCGUAAUGUCAUUUCGAAUUUAUUUUCCCUAUGACAUGUGGAGUUAAUAUACAGUACAUUAAUCCUGAGGAUGACUAUAAACUAGUCGAAACGUCGAUUAGAAAGUACAGUACAUGUUUCUGAGCCUACUCUUGUAUGAAAUCGCCCUGCACCAGAAGCUUGUCUCCAGAAGGCGUGCCAUCACCAGAUGAUCCUCCUCGAAAUAUUUCGAGAGGACUUGGUAUACCCGCCCUUUCGGCAAGACGAAAGACGAAAUUGAGAAAAACGAUGAGAUAAAGACAGUUAGGUCGAAGUAUUAUGGGCUAAUGAUCUUGGCCGAUAAAAUCUUGACGUUACAUCAGGAAAUUUAUCGCAAAGGGAGGUCGUCCCAAAACAACAUACCAUGUACGAAUACGAAGUUUUCACAGUAUAAAAGCAAAAAUCUAAGAGAGCGUUAGAAAAAGCUUGAUAGAUCAUAAAAGCACCUCAUCUGUUGUCCCGGGGUCGGUCAUGCACCUGUUGUUUCACCCCCUCCUUAUCGCUAAACGACUUGCAGAAUAGUAUACAGAUGCAGAGCUGCACGUAUAGAGAUUUGCGUGGGACAUUUUUAAAAGUGAGAAAGUCAAGCGCAAUCCCAGUGGCUCACUCCCUUUUCAUAGGUGUAAUAUAAUUAAUUUUUAUAGCAUAGACGGAUUUUGUGGGGGGGUGCAGGGGGGUGCUACCCCCCCAAUAUUAGCUAUAACCCCCCCAAACAAAAUGUCCACCCCUCCAAAAAAAUUUUCAACCCCCCAAUAUUCGGCAUAAUAAAAAAUAAUUAAAUAAUCCACUCCAACGUGCAGAGUGUUGAUGAUACAAAAUAAACGUAGGAGUACACUCAAAUAGAAAGCAAUAUUAUUGGAGCAAUUGUAAAGUUUGGAAACUCUAUUAUCUCCCCUGAAUAGAGUUUGCAGUGCCUUGUCAUGCAAAUAGCUUGCUUGCAAGGAACGUUUGGAAUUUUUACAAACAUUAUUUUUCGUUUUUAAUUCUUUUUAAUUUUUUAAUUCGUUGUUUAUAAAAGUAAAAGCAUAUUGUGUAUUGGCCUAUUGGGUUUACACUUUUACAGGUUCAUUUAACUUUAACUCUCUCAAGUCUCAACAGACAAUCGGACACAGGGCCGUAGCGAGGGGGUGUUGGGGGGGGGGGUGGUUAACCCCCCAACUUUUGUAGAAUUAACAUAUUUGGAAAAUCGGGUUGGCCAUUCGGAAAAUUACGGCAAUAAUAGUAUAACAAAAUUUUAAUUGUUUAAUUAAACAGAAAAAAUAUUAUAAUAUUAUAAUCAGUAUAAAAUGAUUUACGAAAUCACGGCAUUUACAUGGAUAACGUUUAACAAAUCGUAAAUCGGUAAAUUUUUUUUCGGUUUCAGUACUUCUCAGGGCCGUAGCAACCGGGGGGGAGGCAGCACCCUUACAAUAAUUUGCUGAUAAUCAGUCUUUUUUCAAAAUCAUGCACACCUUUAUCAUUUAAACAAUUGAUUAAUUUUAAGCGGCUACAUUAUCCAUGACAAACCGCAAAGAAUUAUAUUACCCAUACUCUUUCCUGCAACUUCUCCAAUAUAUAGCUAAAUACGACUUCGCCCAUUUAAUUCUGCUAAAUUGUAAUCAAAUUGUAAAUUUCGACAUACUAAAACUCUAUUAACAACUCAAACCGACUUUACCACGUAGCUCAGUUGGCAGAGCAUUGGACUAGUAUCCCAAAGGUCGCAGGUUCGACUCCCACCGUGGCCAGGCACACUUUUCAGCUUGCCCACUGUGGAUGCAUACUCAGAGUAACAUCACAAAUAUCAUAUUAAAACUCUGUUUUCUGACCAUCAGAAUUCUGUCAAAACUUCCCCCAAAGUCCAGGAAAUGGCAUUUCAGAGAAUCUAAAUUUAAAAAUUUCCCCGGGCCUUCGGCCCACGUUCCCAGCCCCCAAUCAAAAAGAGCUUCCUACGGCACUGCAUACUUCUGUAAUAUGUCUUUGUGGAAACUAUGUGGGCUAUGUGUAUUUUUGUUUGUAAAUUGCGUCUUCAUUUUCCAGAUAGCAAACACCUUCGUUGCUUCGUAUGCCAUGAAAUAUUCGGAAAUUUUUUUCGUCAUUCGGAAAUAUUUGGCCUACACCACCCACCCCCCAACUAUACAUGCUAGCUACGGCCCUGAUCGGACAGGCCAAAUCCAUUGAUAUGACAACUUCAAAAAACGUUUUUUCGAAGCUAGAAAUCAUGAUUUUUUUCAAAUUUUUCCAGGGAUACUUUGUUUUCUGCUGCCUAGACUCCCCCUCGCGGCUCUAGUGCUCCACCCCUAGAAUAUAGACCUUACUGGGGUUUGGUGACACUUUGUGUUGCUUCAGUCACCUGCUCACGGCUCACCCCCCUAAAAUUUCUGGCACCACCCCAGUAAAAAAUAUGAAAAUCCGUCUAUGUUUUAUAGUAACUAAUAAAGCUGCAUCGUGCAUCGGUCAUAUACAGCUAUUUCAAUUAAGGUUGUCCACGAGCAAAGCGGAAAAGUCGAAUACGAGCGCGAAAGGCUGCUGGGAAUCGCUAAAAAAUUAAUUAAUUUUCAUAGCGAUUCCCGGCAGCCUUUCGCGCUCGUAUUCGACUUUUCCGCUUUGCUCGUGGACAACCUUAAUUGAAAUAGCUGUAUACAGUAGUUCACUGUUAACAACUGUAAAUCAGAAGCAGUUUUAAAUCACCUUUGUAUUAUAUACACGGUAUUUAUUUCGUAGAGUCCUAAAGCUGAUCUUAUUCUCCUCUGUUUCGAAGAAGACCAGGUCUGUGCUGUGGACUGGAUUAAUUCCAAAAUUCUCAGAAUUUUCCAAGUUUACUCCAAUGUACUAUUACUCGACGAUUUCAUUGGCUUAGGCACUUUUCAAAUACUUUUAUUGUAUGGUAAGUAAAUGUACAGCUUUGGUAUAUUAAACCGUUGAUGUUUUCGCAAACCGCGACUUUAAUAAAGCCCAAGGUUAAAAUUCAGCCCAAAUAAUUCUAUACAUUUAUUGCAAAUUAACUGUUUAUUCAAGUUGUCAUUGCGACUUAAUUUUUUAAGCCUGGCAAAUUAUUUACGCCUCGAUUUGUUGCCUCAAUUAUAUUGUCUCAAUAUAUAAUAGCCGUAUAUAUGGCGGCUAUUAUAUAUUGAGACAAUAUGUGCUUCCUAUUUAUUAUUUUAGGUUUAAAACAUGAAAGUCAUCAAAUUUUUAAUAACUUCAUAUUAACCGACUUUUGUAAGAUUGAUCUGGAAAAGUCUAAAGAAAAUAAGGUGGGUUUAUCUAUAAAGUUUUGAUUUUGCAUAUUUGCGUGUAAAUCAUUGACACUAUAGGGUAGCCAACAAUGUGUUAACUAACCGAUGAUAUAUAUAUAUAUAUAUAUAUAUAUAUAUAUAUAUAUAUAUAUAUAUAUAUAUAUAUAUAUAUAUAUAUAUAUAUAUAUAUAUAUAUAUAUAUAUAUAUAUAUUAGUUAGUCUAUAUAGUCUAUUUAUUAAAAUUUCCUCUAUUCGUACUGAUAUCGUAUAAAAUCGUAUAAAAGUAGUACAAAAUCAAUUUCUCGUAGAAAACCCACACUUUGUAAAGAACAUUAACAGUUAUAACAUUGUCACAUGCGGUAAACUGUAGUGGUGCAUGGGAAUUGAUUUAUCAAUGCAUACAGAUAAUUAAUUUCCCAUAGAAAAGCGAUGGAUUAUCAACUUCAAGAUGUACGGAUGUUAAGCGUGGAAGUGUAGAAAGCUGUGUUGAUAAUGUGGUGAAUGCAUUAAUGAGAAAAGUACAGGUACUGUACAUGCAGUACAUUUUAAUUUGAUAACUUGAGGAUGCUUGUCAGUGCGGCGUACUAAAUCCUUCUAAAGCCUGCUCUCCAGUUAAGCGUUUUUCAGACGUGCGUGCAUGUACGCACGGGAAAGUUUAAAUCUUUCUAAAUUUUAUACAUCAAGUACUACUAACUACCUCAACAAAUUCACAAGUAAAAUUUUCCGUGCGUACACGCACGUAUGAAAAACGCUUAACUGGAAAGCACGCAGCCUUAAAUUUUAUAUAUGUAGUAUGUACAUUAGCUGAAUUCAUAUUAGAAGGCGGAGUUUUGUCUAAGACGGGAAACUCGUGUGACGGAUUUAAAUCAAAGCUAAAGUUUACGUAAAUUAACAUGAUUUUUUAUCACAUAGGUAUAAAACCAUCGACACGAUAGUGAUUUCCUUUGUCUUUUCCUUAUGGAUUAUUAAUGAGUUAUUAAAUAACUUACUGAUGUCCUUUUUUUUAGUUUCGUUUUUUCAUAAGUAAUAAUAUUUAAAUGUGCCGCGUCGCACGUAGGACAUGCGCACAGGGUUGGAUCGAUAUGGGCAUUGAAUUAUGAGCUUCAGUUUAACUUCAAAAAAGAAAAAACCUUGGAAAUUAUGCCAUAUUUCCGAAUUUGAUUUUUUUGCAUCCCCCUUGCACCCCUGUUGACCAAAGCCAACAGGAGUGCGCACCCCUGUGCACCCCUCCCCUCUAAAUCCACCCCUGCAUGGGCACGACUGGAAUUAAUGCUAGGGUAAACGUGCGAUUUGUUCUUGCACCGGGAACGCAACGGGUUAAAUUUCAUUAUGGACCAGCGCAAGUAGCAAUGAUAUUCUCACGUGCAAUGAUAUUCUCACCUGGUCAACACAUUAUGCUAGAGCCUUGGUCAAAGUCUUACAAAUCAAGGCUAAAGACACGAUUUCUUGUCAAGUUGAUUCACUGUGAAGUACUGUAUGGUUUGAUGGAGGGAAACAAAAAUAUUACGUUACAAUGUAGACUGCCUAACGUCCUAUAAAAUGGGUCUGUAAGUGUAUAAAUUUGUAGUUAUUUUGUGACUUCAUAAAAUUAAGCAGCGAUGUUUUAGAGAUUAAUUUAUUUCUCCAUGUACUGCAUGGGAAUCGUGUGUACUAUAAGCUUGAACACUUUUCCUAGUUUAUUGGAUUAGCCCCAGAAGUAUUUUUUUGACAAUAGCCAGUUCUACUUGUCAAGUAAAGCGAUUUUCAUUGCGUUGCCGCGCAGAACAUGAUACACGUGCAAUUUCUUCUUUCACACCAGCAACGCAAUAAUGAAAUUUGACUUGUGAAUUUGCCAACGCGAGAAAACAAUCGCACGCUGGCUGUAUUUCCUGGUCGUGAAUGACGUACAUUACAGUACGGUACGGUACGGUAAAAUAAAACGUUCAACGAUUAUUUUACCCAUUCUUUCCUACAGGCUACAGAAGUAUCUAUUACUGAAAGCAAAAUGGAGAAAUCAGAAAAAUCUUCGUUUGUCAAAAGACACUGUGAGACUAUAUGUAAUAUGUUGGUGAAUGAAAUAACAUCGCCAGUAUUGCAGGUCUGUAUAUCGUAUUAAAUUAAUUUCUUCAUGCAUGUUUAAAAGAAAGUGAAAACAUAUAAAACAAACGAUAAACUGUUGAUACAUGUAUUGAAUUCCAAUUUCUAACGACAGGUGUACCAUCGAAAGGUUUUGCAGCUAUAUACAGAACUUACUUUUUAACCAGAAAUUUUGCCGGUUCGCAUAUGCUGUUACCAGACGGUACUAACGGUGCAGAGAAAUAGUGAAUUUCUUAUAUAAAGUAUAUUUGAACUAAAAUCAUCAAAAACGUACAAUGAAAGUUCAAGGAAACUUUACAACUCUUUAUAUUCUAUAUAUAUUUUUUGUGGCGUCUCUUAAUCAUUCCAUACGGUAAAUAUGUGCUAAAUUGCAUGUGUUUUGUGAGGUAAACAUGUGAACUGAAUAAUAUGUAUUUAGUAGUAGAGACAACAAAUUAAGUAGUAUUUAAAACACGAGUAGGAGUGUUUUAUCAGAUACAAAUACGACUACAAAAGAAUACUAAUUAGGAUGAACCAUUAUAUAAUCAUACUAAUUAGGAUGAACAAUUAUAUAAUGCCACAUGCUUUAUCAGAUAUAAAGUCACUCCACGUGACAUAUUAUGGCUGACAUGAUUUGCCACAAGGUUUAUGAAUUAUUAAUGAGUAUUUUAAUAAUAUCGAAAAAUGUUAAAUUGCUUUUCAAAAUUUUAUAGAUUUCUGGACUAGCCCAACUCGUGACAGGUCAAGAGACAAAUUGCAAGGGUAAAUAUGCAUUGAAAUUUUCCCAAUCGUACAAUAUAUCCAAAAUAUCCUAUUAGUAUUCACUUUUUCCUAUAAUUAUUUGUUAAGAAUUACGCGUUCAACAUUCAAAGAUAAUUGCGAGAUCAAAAUGGCAGGAGAUGACAAGCUCUGAAUGGAUUAUUGGAGUCGAAAUCGAAAACGUUGGACAAAGGUCCGUAGGUUGUAAUCUACAUGCAGAGGACGGUUGUACGAACGCCGGAUAGCGCCAUCCGCAUUAUAGUGACUUUUUAAGCUUUCUAACAUGCAUUGUCUGGUUUUUUUAUAUAACGUUAAACUUUAGUAUUCAUCAAUUAAAGUCUCUUUUUAUUCAUUGUGAGGUCCAUAUCCGUAGUUUAUUAAUAGCUUUUCGAGCAUUUUUACAACGGUUGAAAAAAUCACUAUCGGCUAGUGGUUAGCUCUAUCCGACCUUUGUACAGCCGACCCCAAUGUAGGUAUAUUUAUUAAGAUCCAGAUUGUGUGCUGGGUGCCGAAAUAUUUCCCAUAGUAGAAUUUAUUCCGGACUAGAAUAUGUGGUAUACUUCCGCAUAAUUAUUUCAAACCAAUAACAAGCUUGUGAUACAGAUAGGUAACCAAUGAGAAAUGCACAUUGUACAAUCUCGUACCCAGAGUAUCCCGGUUCGCGAACGGGCAUACUCUGGGCACGAGAUGCAAGAUUAUUUAACAAUUAUGCAUUUCUCUGAUAUCUUCUUGCUUAAUAUGACAAAUGUAUCACCAAACGAAUAUGCAAAAGUAAGUAAUGAAAAAACUAAAGAAAUUCUCUUGCGAUUUUUAGGGCAGUUUCCAACAUAUCUUUAUGCACAUUGAACAAAGCGAGCGGCAUCCUUGUAUCUUCUUCAAAGAUACUUCGUUCAGAAAUGCAAAUUAGAAAGCAGGAAAAUCAAAUGUUAUCCUCUGGUCGGAGAGCAACGCUUGUAGCAAUCAUAUCUUUACCAAGUUUUUCGUUCGAAAACUAUUUUACCGUUAGCUUAAUGUUAACUUGGAAACAUGAAGAAAAUAACGAAUAUCUGUCGCAGUUUUGUGGUCAGAUGACUCUUCGGAUGGAGGAUAUUAUAAAUAGUGCAAGGAGAAAUUGCCAACAUGUUGCAUUGUAUCCUUUGAAAACUCAGGUAG